AUGGACCUCCUGCACAGUGUGGGGGUCCAGACCACCUGCUAUCUGCAAGAGAACUUGAUGGACUUCCGGGACUGGUUCCUCUUCAUCUCGGCUGCUGCCGACCUCCGAACCACUUUCUUUGUCUUCUUCCCCAUCUGGUUCCACCUCAAGGAGGCUGUGGGGAUCCGGUUGAUCUGGGUGGCUGUGAUUGGUGAUUGGCUCAACCUGAUUUUCAAGUGGAUCCUCUUUGGACAGAGACCCUACUGGUGGGUAUAUGAGACAGAUUUCUAUGGCAGCGCGCCACCCCCGGUGAUCCAGCAGUUUCCCAUCACCUGUGAGACUGGUCCAGGCAGCCCUUCCGGCCACACCAUGGGGUCCUCUGGGGUCUACUAUGUCCUGGUGACAGCACUGCUAGCCCAGCUAUCGCCACUGCAGCAAAACACCUCGAUCGCCAGGUGUCUGCAUGGCAUCCUCUGGGCAGGAUUCUGGGCUGUGCAGGUGUGUGUCUGUUUAUCCCGAGUCUUCCUUGCUGCCCACUUUCCACACCAGGUGAUCACCGGGGUUGUCUCAGGGAUGGUGGUGGCAGAGGUUUUCGUGCACGUCCGCUUUAUCUACAAUGCCAGUCUGUGGCAAUACGUGGGCACCACCCUCUUCCUCUUCAGCUUUGCCCUGGGUUUCUACCUGCUGCUCAAUAUAUUGGGUGUGGACCUCCUGUGGACCUUAGAGAAGGCCAACAAGUGGUGUGAACGACCAGAGUGGGUCCAUAUUGACACCACACCAUUUGCCAGCUUGCUUCGCAAUCUGGGCAUCCUCUUUGGUCUGGGGGUCGGCCUCAGCUCUCCCACGUACGCAGAAAGCUGCAGAGGGAAGCGAGGCCAACGGUGGACUUUCCGCCUCUGCUGCAUCUUUACCUCCUUGUUCGUCCUGCACCUCUUUGAUUCCUUUGAACUACCCACCAGCAGGGAGCAUCUCUUCUACGUUCUCACCUUCUGCAAGAGCUCCUGUGCCUACAUCUGUGCUGUGGCCCUGAUCCCCUGCGGCAUCUCCUGGCUUCUACAGCAGGUGGAGAAGAAAGACUUGUAG